AUGAGCGGCACACACAAGUUCUACGCUCUGCCCGAGUUCUCGGCUCGCAAGGGCUUCGAGUCGCUCAGCAUCAAGGAGGGCGCAAUCCCCAAGCCGGAGUACAACGAGGUGCUCAUCAAGGUGCACGCCGUCUCGCUCAACUACCGCGACCUGAUCAUCACAAUGAACGGCUACCCACUCGAGCUCAAGCACGACGAGCUGAUCCCUGCCUCGGACGGUGCGGGCGAGAUCGUGUCCGUGGGCAGCAAGGUGUCCAAGUGGAAGAAGGGUGACCGAGUCAUGGGCAUCUUCACCCAGGCCCACCAGAGCGGCUCGACUCCGUCCAAGGAGGAAAACAAGACUGCGCUCGGUGGUGCCGUGAACGGUAUGCUGGCGCAGUACGUUGCUCUGCCGGACACCGGCGUGGUGCGUGUUCCGUCGCAUCUUUCGUACGAGGAGGCUGCCACGCUGCCGUGUGCGGCGCUGACUGCGUACAAUGCGCUGUACGGUAUCCCGAGCCAGCAGCUGCGUGCAGGCGACACGGUGGUGGCUCAGGGCACGGGCGGCGUGAGUGUAUUUGCACUCCAGCUCGCCGUGGCCGCGGGCGCCAAGGUGGUCAUCACCUCGUCGUCGGACGACAAGCUCAAUAAGGCUGUCGAGCUAAUCCCCCAGGGUCUCCGCCAUCUCGUCACCACGGUCAACUACAAGACCAACCCCGACUGGGACAAGGUGGUGCUGGAUGUGACCAAGGGCAAUGGCGCCGAUCAUGUGGUCGAGGUGGGUGGACCCGGUACGCUCGAGAAGGCGUUUGGGUCGAUCAAGCGCGGCGGCGUGAUUUCGACGAUCGGCUUUGUGGCCCAGGGUGAAACGCCCAACGUGCCCUACCUCGCCCUCACCACGGGCGCCUUCUUCAAGGGAAUCCUCGUCGGCUCGCGCGAGCAGUUUGAGCACAUGAACCAGAUCAUCGAGGACCACAGCAUCAAGCCGCUCGUCGACAAGGUGUUCCCCUUCGAACAGGCGCAGGAGGCGUAUGCGUACCAGUGGAGCCAGGCCCACGUCGGCAAGGUGGUCAUCCGUGUCGCUUAG